GUAGCCGGCAGGGAGCGCUCAGUCAGUCUGUCAGUCAGUAUGUCCGCGCUCGGUUUGUCUCUCUGGGCUCCGGUUCUCGUGCUCGCGCUGGCCCAUGGCUGCCUGGCCGCCGGUCUCCCUCCGCGGAAUGACACGGCCCGCGUGGCCCGCUAUGUGAUCCAUCAGUGUGACUGGGGGGCGCUGGCCACCAUCUCCUCCCACAGCCCGGUCACCGGACAGCCCUUCAACAACGUGUUCUCCGUGAGCGACGGGAGCCGCCGGGCCGGCACCGGAACACCCUACUUCUACCUCACCACCAUGGAGAUCUCCGUGCAGGACCUGCAGGUAAACCCAAAUGCAUCCUUCACUGCGUCCUUGGCUCAGACUCCUUACUGCAAAAAGGAGGGCUUCGACCCCCAGAGUCCCCUCUGUGCACACGUUAUACUGUUUGGCAGCAUUCAGCAGGUGACUGGCACUGAGAUAGACACCGCAAAGCUGGCACUGUUCACUAGGCACCCCGAAAUGGCCAGCUGGCCCCGCGAUCACAACUGGUUCUUUGCCAAACUAAACAUCAUGAACAUCUGGCUGCUGGAUUAUUUUGGCGGCAUCAAAACUGUGACUCCAGAAGAAUAUUACAAAGCUGAGCCUUAGCAGAUUUCGGAGCCCCUGAUUUCAUCCAGCAUUUUGACUGCUUUAUGAACAAACAGAAAAUCAUAUCUUGCCGAGGGGUUUAAAUUGUUAAGAAAUAUUUAACCAGGGAAUAGAGGUUUCUAGAAUUGAGUAAAAGCCAUCAAUAUAUAUUACAGUAUUGCCAGUGCUGAAAAAUGCACUCAAAUCAGGCACACCUUACCAAGGAUAGCUGUGUUAUUUUCAGAAGUUUGUAAACCAUUGUAAAGUGCU